CUCAUCACUUCACCAUUAGUAAUGUUUGCAUCUCUAAAUUAAUAUUUCUGUUUUAUAUUUUUGUAUCUACAUCUUGUUUUAUUCUUUGUUUUUGGAAAUACAAUGGGUGGUGAGCUAAAGAAAUGUUUAGUGAUGAUGAUGGUAGUUUUGAGUUGGGGUUAUGGGGUUGCAGGAAACCAAGUGCCCUGUUACUUCAUUUUUGGUGAUUCGUUGGUUGACAAUGGCAAUAAUAAUUAUCUUGUGUCGUUGGCCAAAGCCAAUUACAGGCCCUAUGGAAUUGACUUUCCACAGGGUCCGACCGGAAGGUUUUCUAAUGGCAAAACUACUGUUGAUGUCAUUGCUCAGCUUUUGGGCUUCAAAAAUUAUAUUCCUCCCUAUGCAACCACGAGGGGUCGAGCCUUACUCAAAGGAGUGAACUAUGCAUCAGCAGCUGCAGGAAUCAGAGAUGAAACUGGAUAUCAAUUGGGUGCGCGAAUUAGCAUGAAUGGGCAAGUGAGAAACUACAGAAGCACAGUAGCACAAGUGCGUCAAAUACUGGGAAGUAACAACUCUGCCGCAAAACAUCUCAGCAAAUGCAUACAUUCGGUCGGAAUCGGCAGCAAUGACUACCUCAACAACUAUUUUAUGCCCAGAUUUUACACCACCAGCCGCAGAUACACACCUAAACAAUAUGCUAUUGUUCUUAUUCAACAAUAUUCUCAGCAAGUAACGCGUUUGUACAACUAUGGAGCAAGGAAAUUUGUGUUGAUUGGAGUGGGGCAGAUUGGGUGCAGCCCAAAUGCAAUAGCCCAGAACAGAGUAGCAAAUGGUUCAUGUGUAGAAAGAAUCAACAGUGCAAAUCAGCUUUUCAAUAGGAGGCUUAAAUUUCUUGUUAGGGACUUAAACAAGAACCUAACUGACGCCAAAUUUAUCUACAUCAACGCUUAUGAUAUUUUUCAGGACAUACUCAACAAUCCUUCAACCAAUGGUUUCAAGGUCACAAAUGCGGGGUGUUGCGGUGUAGGGAGGAACAAUGGUCAAGUUACAUGUCUUCCUCUACAAACUCCUUGCCCAAAUAGGGAUGAGUAUGUGUUUUGGGAUGCAUUUCACCCAACAGAACAUGCAAAUGAGAUUGUUGGGAAUAGAUCUUAUAUUGCUGGCUCUACCUCGGAUUCAUUCCCAUAUGAUAUUCGUCGCUUAGCUCAACUUUGAAGAUGGUGGCUUAUUUAAUUAUUACAUGUUAUGUAUGUAUGUUUUUUUAAAAAAAAAAUAAACACGAGUGUUGCGUUGCACUCUCAAGUCCUGUGUCAAAUAAGUAGUUUCAAGAAAGGAAGAAGAAUCAAUCACCUGAUCAUCUUCUCAUUCUUGACUACUGAUUUCACUCUUUAGGAUUAUUAAUUACAUUGGAUAUGCAAGUGUGGUGUAUUAACAGUGUUGUGUGUUUUUGGGAGUCCGAUUCAGACUCUCCAUCAUUAAUUGCUCUUAUUGUUAUUUCUAUUACCUUUGAAAGAUGCGUCAUAAUGUUUUAUAACAA